CUUUUCCGUCUUGUGUUUGCCUGAAAACCACAACGCUGAUACCGUAGUCUUUUUAAAGUGAAAACUCGCUCGGCUGACCGUUGGUUUGUCGUAGCCACAGCGUAGGGUGUCCUCCUGGGAAGAAGAAGCUGCAUCAUCAGUAGCUGAGGAAGAUCUGAGAAAUGGCGAUGAUGUCCACAAUCUCUUCCUGUCCACAAUUCUGUGGACUGCGUCUCUCUGGCUUGAGCUUGAAGUUGGAUCAGUCGCAAACACUAUCAACAACCCAAUUCUUUUUUCAGCAUGUUGAUUCUCACCUACAUCUCUCCGCAGCUCGACGAGGUUGCAGAGGUGUCAUUACCAUGGCCGGCUCCGGAAAGUUUUUUGUUGGCGGGAACUGGAAGUGCAAUGGAACAAAAGAUUCUAUCAGCAAACUAGUUUCUGACUUGAACAAUGCCAAACUGGAGGCUGAUGUUGAUGUUGUUGUAGCACCUCCCUUUGUAUACAUUGAUCAGGUAAAGAACUCAUUAACAGAUCGAAUUGAGAUAUCUGCUCAGAAUUCUUGGGUUGGAAAGGGUGGAGCUUUUACAGGGGAAAUCAGUGUGGAACAAUUGAACGAUAUUGGCUGCAAGUGGGUUAUUCUUGGGCAUUCUGAACGGAGACAUAUUAUUGGUGAGGAUGAUCAGUUUAUAGGAAAGAAAGCUGCAUAUGCCCUGAGCCAGAAUCUUAAGGUAAUAGCAUGCAUUGGAGAGAAACUGGAAGAACGAGAGGCUGGGAAAACUUUUGACGUCUGCUUCCAACAGAUGAAGGCUUUUGCAGAGCAUGUACCUGGUUGGGAUGAUGUAGUUAUUGCAUAUGAGCCUGUGUGGGCCAUUGGGACUGGUAAGGUGGCCACUCCCCAGCAAGCUCAGGAAGUACAUGUCGCUGUUCGCGACUGGCUAAAGAAGAAUGUCUCAGAAGAAGUUGCUUCUAAAACACGUAUUAUCUAUGGAGGGUCUGUAAAUGGGAGCAAUUGUGCAGAGCUUGCAAAACAAGAAGACAUUGAUGGGUUUCUUGUUGGUGGUGCUUCUCUAAAGGGUCCUGAGUUUGCUACUAUUGUCAAUUCUGUAACAUCCAAGAAGGUAGCUGCUUGAUCAUUGUUGAUGAACCAGUGUACAAAAUUGUCAAUUGAAAGCUGAAUAAGGGGUAUUCCAGUUAGCAAUAUAGUGUAAUCAAACUAUGAGCAUUUCUUGAGUGGUGAUCAUGAGCCAGUUUUCCCCUCCCAGGAAGAAGGAAAAGGUCAAGGUUUUCUGUUUGAAUGUCCAACUUUUCUGAACUUAGUACUAUAUUUCUGAUUGGGAUUUAAUUGAUAAAUAAAAUUAUUAAUACAAAAUGUCUGCCUUCUGAUCGAAAACUAACUUCUAGUAGUGUAGCAACAUAGAUCCAUUGGGUUUAAAAGGCCAAAUUCAGUUGAUUAGUGUAAAUUUGUGACAGCUGAAGCCGGAUGCAUAAGGUGUUCCUGUAGGGCUACGGUUGGAGUUGUUCUCUUGUAAAAGCUUGAAGAUAAUGAAGAGUUGAGUUCGAAAUCAUUCGAGGGCAUGGAUUAGUUGAUCUGACAAUGUAUAUGAGGUUCAAUUGUUACCAUCUUAAGUUUAACCCGCUAUUGGUUAAAACAGUUCA